AUGGCAGCAUUCUCUAACGCCUCUGACGCGUUCUACGACGACGUCUCAGGGACUUCCCCGAGGGCAUAUCGAAAUGCGCAGUUGAAUCGCCAAGGCGGUAGAGCUGACCCUUAUGGAAGCAUGAGUGCUCCCAUGUUUGGGACCGAGAGCGCUCUGCCCAAUAUGCGUUUCGACGGUAUGCGAGAGAGCUUUGGUGCUCCUAUGCCAAAUCCUGGGGUCGGCAAUAUCAAUUUUCCCUACGAUGCAAGUGCUGCUCAAACGUGGAGUUCGGGGGGGGCGUCUUUGCAAUCCUUUGGCAAUGGCAUGGGCACCAUCCCUCAAAAUGCCAACUAUGGGCCAUCGCGGAGUGUGAAGCCCAGCCGUGGUCGUGUGGGCAUUUCCAACAUUUGGUAUGACCAGCCAGGGCAAUUACAGCAACAGCACCCUGCGAUCGUGGGACACCGCCCCGGUCCUCAAGGUCGCAGUGACCAGCAGGAAGACGAUGACGAACUGAUCCCCACGGCAAUUGUGAUCAAGAAUAUUCCCUUUGCAGUGAAGAAAGAGCAGCUUGUCCAGUUGAUGGUCGAUAUGAACCUUCCUCUGCCAUAUGCAUUCAACUAUCAUUUUGACAAUGGCGUCUUCCGGGGAUUGGCCUUUGCCAACUUCACUUCUCCCCAAGAGACUGAACAAGUCAUCCAAGCUCUGAACCAUAUGGACUUGAGCGGUCGUAAAUUGCGAGUCGAAUACAAGAAAAUGCUACCUCUCGCUGAACGGGAGCGCAUUGAAAGGGAGAAGCGCGAACGCCGUGGUCAGUUGGAGGAACAACACCGUCCCAUGGCACAGUCGCAGCUUCAUAACCAAGUUUCGUUGUCGUCCAUUUCGCGAAACACCCCAUCGCCGCUGUCACACCGCAGCACAAUGCCUGACGUCGACAUGAAUGACCCCAAGACUCUCGAGUUCUAUACCGAGAUGACCCUAUUUAGGCGAGAUCCUACUCGUGAAGUCCUCAUAUUCCCUCCAACACUGGAGCCUCACCAUCGUCGCAUUGUCCACACCCUCGCCCACCACAUGGGCUUGAUGCACACAUCCCGUGGCACAGGAGAUCAGCGACAAGUCCAUAUUCACCGACCAGCGCCUGGCACGAAUGUGAGCCCACCGACUCUCGCAGGCGGGUUUGGGUCCAAUGAUGGCAUGCGCCAGGGUCUCGCCAGGUCUUCCACAGCGGACUUCAAUGAUGGCAGACAGUACGAUGGUCCUGCGUUCAACACUCUCCGCGGUCAAUCCUCGGUUGGAUUGUUGGAUGUCAUGGACUCCAGCGCCUAUGGCAGAAAUGCCGAUAGUAACCUGCGCAAUGCCAAGUCCUUUGCAGACCUGCGAUCAUGGAGCCCUUCGCCGGUACCUUCUUCCGCGAGCUUCCCUGCAGCCUUACAGACCAACGGAGCACGUUUGCAGGCGUUGAACGAUACAGCCGGUUCUAACACACCCACAUUGACUCCGACGGCCUCUAAUGCAGGCGUCAACCGAGAUGAACCAUUCCUCAUCUCCAGCUUUUCGAAUCUUUCCAUGACUAACAACAGCGGCAGCCAGACCAGCCCUCGCCGGCAGCGCAGCUUCUUCGGGAACGGAUCCGAGUGGACCGAAGGCCAAAACUACCAGCCCACUGCCCCGAUUGGCAGCAAGCGAACCGUGAGCAUCGGGCCGGAGACCACUUCUCAGAACAACAACCCCCUGCGUCAGUCGCGAGGGCCGAGUUCAACCAGCGCCAUCGGAUUCCGCCGACAGAACGGACGUGGCAGCGACGAAUUGCGUACGGCCGCAUCAGCAAUUGCCGAAUGA